CGCGUGUGUGCGUGUGUGUGUUUGUGGUGAUUGUUUGGUGCUCUCGAAAUGCAGAGAUUUUUGAGGUUAUCGAUUCCUCCAUGGAGUAACAUUUCACGGAAUUACCCAAGGAAUUGCCCUCGAGGAUUUCCAUCAGUACAGCGCGGAAAGUGUUUCAGAAUGGCCACAAUGGACCAGAGUACCAUGUCCGGAAACAAAGUCAGGGAUUUGGUCAAAUUUCUCGAAUUGGUGGGAAAUUUAAAGCAUCUGAAACGGACGGGAUGGUUACUGAGAAAUGUGGCAGAUUGUGAGACAGUUUCAGCUCAUAUGUACAGAAUGUCCAUGGUGACAUUCCUCCUUGAUGGAUCUGAGGGUCUGGAUAGGCUAAAAUGCAUGGAAUUGGCCUUGGUUCAUGAUCUGGCCGAAUGCAUUGUGGGUGAUAUUACUCCUUAUUGCGGAGUGUCCAGGGAAGAGAAGAAGAGGCGAGAGAUGAAGGCCAUGGAAGACAUCACGAAAAUGAUAAGUCCUCGAGGGAAUCGUAUGAUGGAACUCUUCCAUGAAUACGAGGAGAACACCUCUCCAGAGUCUAAAUUCAUCAAGGAUCUCGAUCGUUUGGACAUGGUUCUGCAGGCCUUUGAGUACGAGAAGAGGGACAAUUGUGUGGGGAAGCACAAGGAAUUUGUGGAUACGGUACAUGGGAAAAGUCUCCAUCCAUUGGUUGGAAGUCUAAUUGACGAGAUCAAGGCUCAGCGAGAGGCCUUGAUGAAAGACAAGGAGGACAGACGAUCCAGUUGAUUCAGCAAUCGACAUUCCCAUUAGGCUCAAUUUAUAUUUAUUUUCUCUUAGGAGGUUUUUACGGGUUCUAUUUUAGGCAUUUUGUUCGAGUAUAUAGGAUAUGAUCCACAAUAUACUGGACUUCUUUUAGUCAAAAGCACAAAUACUUAAAUUAGUCCACAAAUUAUAAGAAAAAUAUACUUAAAAAAUUUAAUCGGAAAAAUUGGACAAUGUAAAAGGAUGAUUUGCGAAAUUCUGGAACUCAUAACUGAGAUGCAUAACACCUUAAAAUUAUUUUCGCAUAUUUAAUUUUAUUAAUGAAUAAAAAAAUAAUACAAUAAAAAA